AUGAAAUUAGAUUUAUUCUUUUUAUUGUUAUUCUUGCAAAUUUGUGAUAUUUUUUCGAAUUCUUCCCCUCGGACUAGAAAACUAUGUCUAUAUUUGAAAGCAAUUAAAAGAACAACUGUUGAAUGUUCUGGAAAUUUGAUCGAAAUUACGGAGGAAAAAGGUAAUUGAAAAUACUAUUUGAAUGGAGGUCACGUUCUAAAUUUUAUUUUCUAAUUUCAAAUUUUCAGAAUCUUCUUCGAUGUCUCCAUUGGCCCGAAUUAUUGCAAACAUCGAAAAACGAAAUGAAAAAUACAGGAAAGCCAAGCAAUGCACGGAAAAAUACAAGGACGGUUUCAAAGAUUGUCGAGCUGAUUCGUCGUGUUUUUCGGGUUUCAGUUGUGAAAAUACAAAACAAUCGAGAUGUUGUAUGGAAGAAAAUGUAUUUCAAAAUUCAGAAAGGUGAACGAUUAUUGAUUUGAUCCCUCGGACCUUUCAAAAACUCUCAAAUUUUCAGCACAAAAACAUGCCCGACUAUAAAUCAAAUGAAUUAUUUUUGUGCGAAAAAAUCGUCGAAGAAAUGUCAAAAUGAUUCGGAUUGUUUAUUCAGUGGAAUUCAGAAAUGUUGUUACACUGGUUGUGGUUUCAAUGUUUGUGUUGUUGCUAGAGGCAAUUUUGCGAAAAAUGGUAUGAAUCAUUAA